GACGCUUUGUUUGGACGCGUGAAGGCUUACCCUCAGGAUUAGGCUCUCUUGAGUUGUGUAGUCCAGUGGAUGAGAUGUCCUGAAGGAUCCAGACGAGUCUGGUGAGUGAUAGGCAAGCCAGUAAGAGAACCGGUUUGAUUACACGUGCAGCUAAUAAUCACAAUAAUACGAAUAUACUCUAAACUGUAUCGGACUGUAUACUGGAAUACACAUUAAAAAUAACCUAAUAAUAAUCAUGGAUGUAGCCUUCGAUAUGUCAUAUGUAGUGCCUGCAAUUUUAUUCACUCUCUUAGCUAUUGUUUUUGCAAGUACAAUCUUCAGUAAGAAGCCUAUUUCUGCCUCACCGUACAAAAAGGAGUGCGAGCUUACUAAAACGGGACUAACGGAGAAAGCAAAUGAGUCGAAAGAUUCAGAUACAGGGCUAAUUCAUAAAGCGGAUAAAGUGAAGGCCGACGAAGUGGUCACAGCUGAGAGAAACACGAGAAUAAAGGAACAGACUGAUUCGACGUUGGUAACCCCAACAGAGAAUAUUGGGGUUCUACAGGAGCAACCUGGGACGGAAUAUGUGAACUGGACCAUUCAAGUGCGUCCAGAUGCGAAGAAAUCCGACAUUAAGGAUCCCGCAGCAGAGGCCCUGCCUCAGGAGGAGCAGGAUGAAGCGGUGCCUGAAGCCAUCCCCGUGGAGGAGACGGCUCCCCUGCUCCUCCCUGAAGCUGUGCCGGGAAUGGAGGAGGCCCCGGAGGUCCUCACGGACGAAGAGGCAGAAUCCAGGCCAGUGUUUCAGGAGCACUGUGUUAUCGGUGCAGCCAGUGAGGAGGAUGGCUGCCAGUCCUUGAAGUACACCCCUGGGAAGCUGAGGACGAGCCAACUGGAGGAGAUGAUGAGCAAGGAGGAGCUGGAGGAGGAACAGAGGAUAGAAUUCACAACUGAUUUUACCUCUCUUUAAACAACAAGGACGAGCAGUGUGUGUUAGAAAGCCCUUGGGUCCAGAGAGAGCAGCUAGCUGCCAUCUUCCAGUUGUUGAAGGACAAUAAGGACACAUUUGGUGAAGUGACAGAGGGAGAUGUGGACGAACAGCUGAAACUCUACUCCAUCUAAAUUACGCCCUCACUGUCAUCAUACCAGGUUUACAUCUGUGCACUGUGGCAUAGAAUACCUCGGGUAGCAUUGACCCCUCCUAUUACUUCAGUUAGUGAAUUUGCUGGUGAAAAGCUAGAUCAGAGGCUCCGUUUAACUUUUCUUUUGUAAUUAACUUUUAGCAAUGUUCUUGUUUAUAACAGACAGGAUAAUGGAAAAAUAUAAUAGAUCAGAUUUUAUGUGGUUGCUUCAUUUCCAUUACUAGCACAGGUGUGAAGUCUACAGUGAAGAGCUCUUGAAUGCAGGCACAAAGUUUCUGCUUUACCUAUUCAUUUGACUGCAGCACAUGCAACAGCUUAAUUUGUAUCUCGUAGUGGAUCGGCCAAUACCAGACACAACUUUAUUGAACUUCCUUGGUUUGUUACAGUUGCACCUGUGUCAUUAUGUCAUAGUUUGUUUAAUUUAUUUUUCAGUGUUAGUUACAAUUAAAGCAAUACAGGAAAAAACAUAUUUUCAGGGAAAGUGCUUUCUUUUUUCCUGAUUGCAUGUGUGCAAGAUAUAACAUUCUGAUGUCAUUUAAAUAAACAACUCAUGUGAUCA